GUAGAGAUAGCAGAUGUUGAAAAUGAAGAAAAAAGGUAUGAUCUCUUCCUGGGACUUCUGGAGUCUAGUCACAGUCCAUCCGAGUUUCAGCACUUGGUUUUACUCCUUCAAGCUUGGCCACCAAUGAACAUGAGCAACGGAUCAAGCACAGAUGAUAAUCCUUGGGUCAAACUGGGGACUGUUAUGCUACAGAGAUGCGCACCUGAGGAAAAGGAGAACACAGGAAAUGAAAUUUUGAAAAUAUGUCGUUCUUUGUAUGAGACAAAGCACAUGCUCCCUGCCAAGUGUAUAAAAGAAUUAUGUUUGCUGCUGCUUAACCAGUCCCUCCUGCUGCCAUCGCUGAAACUGAUGGUAGAAAGCACAGAUCAAGAUCUUCACGCUGUGGCACUGGAGCAGAUAUCAGCUGUUGCUAAGGUUGAUGAUUCCACUUGUGAUGCUGAAAUACUCUCCUUGCUCCUCAAUGCCAAGUUGGUGGUGAAGUGUGUUUCUACUGCCUUCUAUCCUCGCCUUAUUGACCACUUACUGGCUAACCAGGGAGAAGGUGGCUGGGAUGUAGAGGAAAUCGCAAAACAACUUAAAGAAGCAGGGUUCAGUGCAGAGGCUGGGUCCCUCCUGAUGUCUCAUCGAGGGACUCAUCCUGCGCUCAGGACUUUUACGACUGCCCUCCAGGCUAUUCAGCAUUGGAUCUAAAAACAUUGGAUUUAUGCAUUUGCCUGCCUUUUUGCUGGAGAUCUUACACAAAAGGGAGUAAUUGUCUUUCAAGUGAAGUAACAAAGUUUAAUUAUUGCCUGUGUUUUG